AUGUCUCCACACCAGAUCUCGACCCACACCGUGCACCUGCUUCCGCUCAAGGACGACGGCUCGCCUGACAUCGCGGGUGACCCGGCGUACUGCUACCUCCCACCGCCCUCGCACCCAGCCUAUUGCAUCCGCUUCCAGGUGACCGGCACCAGCUCAAUAUGCAGAGAAGGCAGCCUCUGGACAAACAUUCCCCACAAGGGAGAGCAGUUCAGCCGCAACAAGUUCAAUGAAUACAAGUACGAGCUCCACACUACACAAUUCAAUGGCAAGGUCGACGGAUGCUGACUUGCUCCAGGCUGAAUCCAAGCUUCAACGAGGAGAUCAAGAUCGAUGUGCCCAUUCACACAGCAGGCGCCUUUGAGUUCUAUUGCACAUACACCCCGCUCCCACCCUUCUCCACAGACAAGCCAGAGCCUCCCAAGCCCACCCGUACACCGACCUACUACAUUGACGUUGCGCCGGACUUGCGAAUCGACAAUGCCCAUGUCCCGCUCGACGCCAUUUCCUGCAUUUCCGUGCUUUCCAAAUUCAUGGGCAAGUACCCCGAUGACUUCCACCGCCAUCUUCGAGGCAUCAGCCAGCGAGGCUACAACAUGGUGCACUUCACACCCCUCAUGAUGCGUGGCGACAGCAAUUCGCCCUACUCCAUCUACGAUCAGCACACUUUCGACAAGGCUAUUUUCCCCAACGGCGAGGCGGACAUUGUGGAAAUGGUCGGCAAAAUGGAAAACGAAUACGGCCUUUGUAGUCUGACGGACGUUGUGUGGAACCAUACCGCCAACAACAGCAAGUGGUUGGAGCAACACCCGGAAGCGGGCUACAAUGUCAACACUGCGCCCCAUCUGCAGCCCGCCUACGAGCUCGACAGUGCCCUGCUGAUGUACUCGUCUCGGCUGGCCUCUCUUGGACUUCCAACACACUUGACGUCUGAAGCCGAUUUGCUCCGCGUCAUGGACGGCAUCAAAGCCCAUGUCCUUGGAGCAAUCAAAUUUUGGGAAUUCUACAUCUGUGACGUGGACAAGGACACUGCUGCUACAAUAUCUGCUUGGACAGAAGGCCGCGUCAAGUUUGAUGGACACAUCCCUGACGACAUUGCAAGCUGGUCUCUGGGAGACAAGGCCGACUGGAUCCGUGCCAACUGCUGUCCGGGGACAGAUCGAAUGGGCGAGCGUUUCCGCCGCCACGCCGUGCCCGAGCGUUUGGCAGCUCUGUUGACCUGUCUCGUUGGCAAGUACAAUACUGGUGUCAACAGUGCUGGCGACCAACGGACUGCCUACGGCACUGUCCAUCGACUGCUCAACGAACUCAAUCUCAAGUGGUACAAGGAAUACGACGCGGAUGUCGCUGCCAUCAUGGAGCAAAUCUUCAAUCGCACCAAGUACGUGCGCCUGGACGAUCAUGGUCCCAAGACUGGCGACAUCACUCUGCAAAAUCCGCUCAUUGAGUCCUACUUCACAAGACUCCCUGUCAAUGAGACUACCUCCAAGCACGAUCCAGGCUCGCUUGCUCUGGCCAACAACGGCUGGGUGUGGGCUGCCGAUGUGAUGCGCGACAAUGCAGGACCCAAGUCGAAAGUUUACCUUCGCCGCGAGCUGAUUGUCUGGGGCGACUGCGUCAAGCUUCGAUACGGAUCUGGCCCGGAGGACAGCCCAUUCCUCUGGCAAUUCAUGACCGAGUACACCCAGCUCAUGGCCAAGCACUUCCACGGCUUCCGCAUCGACAAUUGCCAUUCCACGCCACUACAUGUCGCUUCUCACAUGCUCGAUGCUGCUCGGCAAGUUCAGCCCGAUCUUGUUGUCGCAGCUGAGCUGUUCAGUGGUGAUGAGAAGAUGGACUUCCUCUACUGCCAGAAGCUUGGCAUCAGUUUCCUCAUCCGCGAAGCCAUGCAGUGCUGGUCGACGGCCGAGAUGUCCCGGCUCGUGCACAUCAACUGCGGGCGUCCUAUCGGGUCUUUCGAAGUUGACGACAUCUCUAGUAUGGACAAGCCCGCUACCAACGGCACUUUGACGAAUGGAAGCACACCCAAGGGCCUGGAAAUCAUUCACAAGAUCAUUCCAUCCAAGAUCCACGCUUUGCUCAUGGACUGUACGCAUGACAAUGAGACACCAGUGCAACGUCGUGACGGCCGCGAUACUCUUCCCACUUCUGCCUUGGUGGCGAUGUGCGCCUCAGCCGCCGGCUCUGUCUUUGGCAUGGAUGAGCUGUACCCUGAGCUCAUCGAACUCGUCCAUGAGACUCGCCCCUACACGUCGCCCUACAGCAACCUCAAAGAGGGAGAAGAUCUGCGGAUUGGUCCAACUGAAGGUAUUGGCGGUAUCAAGCGUCUCAUGAACCAGCUGCAUACCAUCAUGGGCAAGGACAAGUACGAUGAGACGUUCGUCCAUCACGAUGGCGAGUACAUUACCGUUCAUCGUAUCCAUCCGAAAUCGAGGAAAGGCUACUACCUCAUCGCCCAUACCGCAUACCCAGGCUAUGGCAACGGCAACGGCGGCUUCGAUACUCAACGUCUUACUGGGACGAAAGCCAAGUCGCUUGGAGCAUGGAAUCUCGAAUGUGACCAGAGCUGGGAAGCAAAGCAAGCCGCCAUUCACGACAAAGUCCUGCGUGGUAUUCCCAGCAGAACCAGGGAUCUCCAUGGCGUUACUUGUGACUCGCACGGCGAUGAUACUCUCAUCACCGUGCCUUCCAAUUUUCCGCCUGGCUCCAUCUGCAUUUUCGAGACCUGGAUCCCACAAGCAGAGCACAGCGAGGGUCUUGACAAGUACCUCACGUCCGGAGCUCGCGAGGCUUUCAAGGGCUGCAGCUUGACUGACAUCAACGCCAUCCUGUACAGGGCCGAUUCCGAGGAGCGUACUAUGUCUGGAGGAGCCGACGGCGUGUACACGGUGCCAGGCAUAGGAUCACUGGUCUACUGUGGUCUCCAAGGCUGGUGGUCUGUCCUCCGCGAUGUCGUCGAUCACAAUGACCUCGGUCAUCCAAUCUGCAACCACCUUCGCGAGGGCCAGUGGGCUCUGGACUACAUCGUCAACCGCUUGGACAAGCUCGCGCAACGUCAAGACGGCAUUUACAAGGGCUGCGCGCCGGUUGUCGACUGGCUGCGGUCUCGUUUUGAUGCUUGCCGCUCCCUGCCUAGCUUCCUUUUGCCACGCUGCUUUGCUCUGGUCAUCCGCACGGCCAAGAAGGCAGCCAAUGAGCGAGCCAUUGAGCAGAUGCACCCAACAAUUCGCAAUGGUCAACGCUUCGUCAAGUCUCUUAGUAUGGUCUCUUGCCAAGUCCAAGGCUUCAUGGACAAUGCCAAGCUCUGGCCAGACAAGCUCGAUCCUUCUCUCGCUGCGGGUCUGCCUCACUUUGCGCAGGACUGGGCCCGUGUAUGGGGUCGCGACACCAUGAUCGCCAUGCGUGGUCUGUUGACCUGCACAGGGCGCUACGACGAGGCCAAGGAGCAUUUGCUCUGCUUCGCCAGUCUUGUCAAGCACGGCAUGAUUCCCAAUCUUCUCAACUCUGGGAAGCUGCCUCGUUACAACAGUAGAGAUUCGGUCUGGUUCUUCCUUCAAAACAUCCAGGACUACGUGGCCAUGGCUCCGAAUGGCCAAGAUUUCCUGCAUGAGCGUGUCCGACGUCGUUUCUUCCCAUACGACGACACCUGGUUCGCGUGGGACGACAAGCGCGCUUAUUCUCAAACCAGCAGCAUCGAGGACGUCAUCCAGGAGUGUCUGCAACGCCAUGCCACCGGUAUGCACUUCCGCGAGUACAACGCUGGGCCUGAACUGGACAGUCAGAUGAAGUCGGAAGGCUUCAACAUUGACAUCGAGCCCGACUGGAACACUGGCAUUAUCUACGGUGGCAACGAGUGGAACUGCGGUACUUGGAUGGACAAGAUGGGCGACUCCACCAAGGCUGGAAACAAGGGACACCCUGGUACUUCCCGUGACGGCGCGCCAGUAGAGAUAACCGGUCUGCUGUACAGUGCGCUCAACUGGGUGGACCAACUGAGUGCCGCUGGCAAGUUCAGAUAUCAUAGUGUGUCGACCAAGGACGGCAACCUCAUCACGUAUCGCGACUGGGCCACCAAGAUCCGGAACAGCUUCGAGCACUGUUACUACGUCCCUGCCAAUUCACAGGACUGGCCCCAGUACGACAUCAACCCGGCCAUUGUCAACCGAAAGGGCAUCUACAAGGACAUCCACCGCUGCAAGAAGGAGUACCGGGACUACCAGCUGCGACCAAAUUUCCCCAUUGCCAUGGUCGUCGCGCCCGAUCUCUUCAAGCCAGAACAUGCCCUUGGUGCCCUCAAGAUCGCCGAUCAGUUCCUUCGUGGCCCGACUGGUAUGGCAACGCUGGAUCCAAGCGACCUUGAGUACCAUCCGGAUUACAUCAAUAGCGAUGACAGCGACAACUACCAGACGGCGCACGGACGAAACUACCACCAAGGUCCCGAGUGGCUGUGGCCGACCGGCUUCUUCCUGCGUGCUCUCCUGAAGUUCGACUUGAUGCGUCGCAAUACGAAGGAGGAGCGCGUCGAGGCCUUCCAACAGGUUACUCAGCGUCUGCAUGGAAGCAUGGAAAUGAUUCGCAAUUCACCAUGGCGAGGCCUCACUGAGCUUACCAAUCGCAAUGGAUCUUACUGUGGUGAUUCGGUAAGUCAUGUUUGGUCUCGAUUUAGAGAAGAACUGUGCUGACGUAUUUGAUAGUGCCCAACCCAGGCUUGGUCCGCAGGGUGCAUAAUCGAUCUCUACGAGGACGCGAGCAGGUACGGGACCAACCCUCAGUAG